ACCUCGGACCCAAAACGACGAAGGACGCGGUGUAGGAAACCUCCCCCCCUCCCCUUCCCGGACCAGGGCCGAUUCUGCAGCGCGGCGCGGCGACACCAUGAAGGACCGUACGGCGGAACUGCGAAGUGCGAAGGACAGUGAUGAUGACGAGGAGGUGGUGCAGGUCGACAGGGACCACUUCAUGGAUGAGUUCUUUGAACAGGUGGAGGAGAUCAGAGGCUGCAUAGAAAAGCUGUCGGAGGAUGUGGAGCAGGUGAAGAAGCAGCACAGCGCCAUCCUGGCCGCACCCAACCCUGACGAAAAGACCAAGCAGGAGUUGGAGGACCUCACAGCUGACAUCAAGAAAACAGCUAAUAAAGUUCGUUCAAAAUUAAAAGCGAUCGAGCAGAGCAUCGAGCAGGAGGAGGGUCUCAACAGAUCAUCGGCGGACCUCAGGAUCCGCAAGACACAGCACUCAACGCUGUCACGUAAGUUUGUGGAGGUGAUGACUGAGUACAACACCACGCAGUCCAAGUACCGCGACCGCUGCAAGGACCGCAUCCAGAGACAGCUGGAGAUCACUGGGAGAACCACCACCAAUGAGGAGCUGGAGGACAUGUUGGAGAGCGGCAAGCUGGCCAUCUUCACCGAUGAUAUUAAGAUGGACUCUCAGAUGACGAAGCAGGCUCUGAAUGAGAUCGAGACCCGACACACCGAGAUCAUCAAGCUGGAAAACAGCAUCCGUGAGCUCCACGACAUGUUCGUGGAUAUGGCCAUGCUGGUCGAGAGCCAGGGAGAGAUGAUUGACAGAAUUGAGUACAACGUGGAGCACUCCGUCGACUACGUGGAGCGAGCCGUGUCUGACACCAAGAAGGCCGUCAAAUACCAGAGCCAGGCUCGCAAGAAGAAGAUCAUGAUCAUCAUCUGCUGCGUCAUCCUGGGCGUGGUCCUGGCGUCAACCAUCGGUGGAACGCUGGGCUUCUAAGACGCCGCCUGCCGCUGUGAUGACCGACACCGACCGCCCGUCUGACUGACAGCCAGCAGAGAAAAGAAACACCAAUGACGAAAACAACACAAAAACUUGAAACACAAAUGCAAGACAGAAAACCUAUUAGCUAGGAGGAGAUAACAGUCUCAUCACAGAUAAGAGGAAACACCACGGGGUUGGGUGGGGUUCAAAAAGAAAGACAAAAUAAUACUAUAAAAACACCAUCGCAUUAUAGCUGACAUAAAUACAUAACAUAUAAAAAGAGGGUACAAAUAGUCCAACUAUUUAUUACAGAUGUAUGUGUACAUGUGUUGAACAUGAAGCAACACAUGGGUUAGCUACCUGUAAAAGAUUAUGACCUAAAAUAUGACUUUUACUCUGUUUGUUUGUUUCUUUUACUUUGUUCUUAUUCUUUAAGUUUCUUUCAUUUUUCGAGAGUCUCCGAGGACAGCGAUGGCGACUGCUGCUGUGUCUGCGGGACGAGUUCCAGAGACAACCUUUCUUUGUUUAUUUUCUGGUAACUGAGCUUAUUCUGAAUCAAUGAGCUCAUGUCUUUCGACUACAAAAACGCUCACCUCCAUCUUUUCAGCUCCGUCAGAACCUUCCAAAGCUCUGGGUCUUUGGAGCUGAAGGUUCGAGAGCGCAGAUGUGAGUGAAGCAAGGCUCUGGAACUGUGUCCCGCAGGACGAGCACCUUCUGCUGUUGGUAGAACCAGCCUCGUCUAGUUGUUUCUAGGAGGGAGGGCCCGACUUCGCCGUUGCCUCAGCCAUCUCUUGAAACCGUCCCUCAUUGGUUGCUCACUCCUGUCAUUCACCUCAGUCAGCCUGUAAAAUCUGCUCUGACCGGCAGAGUCCCGGCUGCCUCAGUCGUUAUAAACAGAAUGAAGCGACAACCACAGAGCAUGGGGAGGGAGGCCCUCUAGUGGUAGAACAUGUUGACUGAUGGGUGAAUGGUGGGAAAGAACCGCGGUGGGAGGGUUCAAGGGAAGGUGGGAGGAGACAGACGGUCAAUCUAUGCAGUUUAGAUGAGAGGAGGACGACCUGUCCCGCCUCUCCUGCCCAGAGAGCCAAUGAAGAUAGGUCGCUGAGAUAUCGUCGUCAAAGCCGGCUGUCGUCUCCACAUCCGUCAUAACUGUUCUUCUGGAAGAUUCUAAAAAAGGAAGAACAUAUUAAAAAGUAAAGAAUAAAAUAGAGUAAAAUUAAACAUUUAAAAACGUACAAACAAGUCAGAAAACAAAGCAGAUGGACAGAAAACAUAGAAAACCCUGAAGUGGCUGGUGUGCCCCGGUCACUGAGUGUCGUGGUCAAUUGUUGCUUUUUGUUUUUCAAAGGGGAGCGUUUGUUGCUUCGUUGUUGUGUGGUGCUGCUGUUCUAGUGCGUGUCGUAUCGGCCUCAUCAUUUAGUGGUCUUUGUUUAGUCCGUAUGAUUUGAUGCAUUUGCCUGUUUCCUUCUUGCAUCCCUGUGUGUGUGUGUGUGUGUGUGUGUGUGUGUGUGUGUGUGUGUGUGUGUGUGUGUCUGUGUGUGUGCGUGUGUGUGUGUUUGAGUGUGUGUGUGUGUGUGUGAGUGUGUGUGUGUGUGAGUGUGUGUGUGAUUUCAACUCACACUAUUUGAAUGCCUGACCUACACAGGUGCUACUAAACAGCAGAGGAUUGGUUCCUCAGUGGAAGGUGGAACAUGUGACACACACACAUUCAUAAACAUUCACAGCACAUGACACACAUGAACAUUUGAUGUUUCACACACGUGAAAUUCCCCCUUAACACACACACCUUUAACUUUCCCGUGUCCCACAUCAUGCCAACGCUAGUGUUAGACUGUGUGGCUUAGCAUGCUGUAGCGUUAGCUUGUGUAGAUCAUGUAGAAGCUGCUUGUUGGAGAUUGAUGAGUCUUCUGGUAUUUUUGAUGUUAAAGACAUUUUCCUGAUGUUCAGAACAACGAGGGAAAGAAUUAAGAAACAUUUUCUUCUUCCUCCUGAAAAUUGUAGCCUGACAAAACAUAAUCUUAACGUUAGCUUCGAUCGCUCUCUUAGCUGAUUGCUUAUCAGUUUGUAAGCUAGUAGCUAGCUUAUAAGAUUAUAGUUGUCAGCUUACAGCAGUAAAACAUUUGGACACUGCAAACAUGUGGCAAUAUACAGAAAGCAAAAAACACCCACUUUGUGUUAGCAUUAGCAGUUAUCAGAAUGUUUGCACAAGACGACCGGACUUCUCUGCUUCUUUUUACAGAAACGACGCUGAAAAGAACGUGCUAAUUUAAAUUAGGCUAAUCAUGACUAAGUGACAGAAACAAGUGAGUCAUCACUGUAUUCUGAGUAUUAUGUUAACGUCACCAUAGCUCUAGACUGAGACAACAUACACUUGCAUUAAACUUCAACACUAUUUGUUGUAAAAGCAUAUGUUGUUCUGUUGCUGAAAAUGUGAUCUAUGUUGAGAAGUAACACAAAUGUGUGUGUUGCCCCAAACUGGACAAACGGGUGUGUUGACAACUGCGAAGUUGUAGUUUGAAGGAGGACGUUGGUCUGUGCACAGGCUCUGUGAUACGAAGGGUCACUGACCUCUGUUGAGGCCUGUGCUGGACGAUGUUUCACCCUCACAACACUUCACUGUCCGUUUAGCCUUAUCCACAAAUACCACCUUAAAUGAACACUACGCUCGAAGCAAUAAACUCGUUCAGUUUCAUUUGACCGACACAGUGUUUGCUAGCUCGCUAACACUGGGUCUUGAAUCUGCCCCGAGGUUUAUCAAGUUGGGACGUUAUAUGAUGUUUACAUUUGUUCUCUGGAUGAAUGAAGGAUACUGACAACAACUGAGAUAGAAAACUCCUGAUCCUUUGAUUAAAAGUCAAAUCGCUCGUCACUCUGACAAGAUGCUGGAGCAGAAUCUGGUGUUUGACAGGAAUCGCCCGGCAGCACCGGGCGACAUGCAGACAUGAGGAAAGAGUCACUGUUGAAUAUUUAGAUUUUUAUCGAGAGUCCAUGUUGUUCGUGCUGUAACGUGUUCGCUAGAUGAAAAAAAAGGAUCAGGACUUUUAUGUUUGGAGAAAGCUGAGAUGGGAAUUUUGAUUUUAUUCUUUUAAUUGUCAAGACGAAAAUUGAACCCGUUUCCAGUAAAGCAAAGAGCCCCAACCCCUCCAAGCAGCAACGUCCAAUAGGUGUUUGUUCAGAUUCAUAGUAGAUUUAGAUGAAUUAAGCACUUUUCUCUGAUAAUGUGUUGUCAAUGUUCAUGGCUACAUUCAGUCUUUACGAGUGGUUUCCAAGUGGUUUUGUUGGAGUGUAGUAUCAACAUUAGAAACCAGAUAUUGUUCCCCCUGUGAAUCAGAUCCUGACUGUGGAUUCUACAUUUCCCAGGUUUCUUGUUCUGUUUCAGAGCUCUGCUUCGUAAGUGUUUGACAUAUUUAGGGAAUUCACAAAUCCAGAAAACUGCUGUUUUCAAAGUCAAUACAUUUGACUCCACCAAUCACAGUGCUCUGUUGGUCACCUGCCUGUGGCCUCCUCAAGUCAGCCACACAGAGGUCAAUGCAGAAACAGGUUCUCAGCGGUCGAGGGUUGUCUUGUGCCUGGUGAGGUGGUGGUGAUUGCGGUGGAUUAAAUCAGUGGUGUGUGGAUGCCGUCGUGACACCAGCUUGUGAGCACUGACUUUUCUUUGUUGUAUGUGAACGUGUGUACGUGAGGUUCCUGUUCCAUCAGGCCCCGCCCCCGGUUCCUUGUCCUGCUGUCAUCGCUCCUCCCAUUUGUUUUGUAGUUGUUUGACUGUUCAUAAAAAUGAUGUUCAGGCUCGGUCCUCUGCCCCUCACCUUCCCCAGCAGACCCCACAAAUCCCGUUGUGUGAUAAUAAUAAUAAUAAUAAUAAUAAUAAUAAUAAUAAUAAUAAUAAUAAUAAUAAAGGCAUGCAAAAGCAGUGUGGAGUUUGCAUGAUGGUGUUUUUGUAGCCCAACCCCAAGCAGCCCUCCACCUCAUGCACUUUACCGCUCAUGGACCCAUCUUUGGUUAGCCCUACUUAACUUGUUCCAACUUAUUCUGCUGUUUCAAUUAUUUGAAUUUAAUUUAAAUGUUAAACACACGUUGGUGUUAAGUGUCAAUGGGUUGUUUGUAACAUAUUGUUGUAACAUUGUGGAAAAGUUGAUACUUUUCAAAUAUGCUGCCAUCAACUUCAUCUUUACUGCUCUCCCCCCCCCCCCCAAGACCUGACGUUGAGCUCCGAACUUCCUGUGAGGUCACGACCCUGUGUUGUGUUUUUGUGGAGUUCCCGCCAUCUUUGAUUACUGUAUUAAGUGUGGAGCCCUCGACCUAUGGGCUAGCUUCAUGUCGCCCCGCCUGGCCUUGUGUGUGUGCUGCAUGCCUCCCUUCCUCUUCAGUGAUACAAGAUUGGUGCAUAAAUGUGUGAGUGUGUGUGUGUGUGUGUUUGUGUCAGAGCAGCACAGGUGUGUUUUGAUGUGCAAAGCAUCCGAACCCAGGUUCAAGAGUUGAAGCCGUUUGACGUGUUGUUAGUUUUUUUUUUAAGUCAAGAAAUAAUAGAUUAGACAUAUUUAUGGACACCAUGGUCACUGUUAUUGUUAUUAUAUUUAUGUAUAUUCAAACCAAAGGUUUUUUUGCUUUCCCCUCUUGUGUUCUCAAAAUGUUUGCCGCUUAUAUCAAAGAGCACAACGCGAGUCAAGUUUACGAGAUUUACGUCCAAAAUGAAAAAGUAUAAAGUAGAAUAAAACAUAAAGUGGUACCAUAACUAUAAAAUCAAAAGCCCAGCGCCCCCUGCCCAACACCACCCCUCACUGCAUGUUGGUCUGUCCAAUCAAAUCUUACAAACCAUUCCAGCACUUAUCUCUUACCACUAAAACGAUGUCUGGCUCGGCCCCACCUUUCCUUUCCACUUGUAGAUGUUAGUUUGUCAUCACAUGAGUGGAGGAAUAUGACACAUAAUCAUCUGUGAAAAAACUAGCAUAUGUACAUUUAUCCAUUUGAGACGCAUAAGGAGACAAUGGUUGUGCGUUCUUAUUCUAUUUAUUAAUUGCUGUUAAUCUGGUUAUGAUGGUGUCAUUCAUUAGUGAGCAGCUUGUUUCAGUCUCUGAGUUCACACUACAGGUCAAUGCUUGUCUGCAGGUUUGAAGGAUUUGCUAGCGUGUCAGUCACGGGACUGAGACAACCGGAAGAAGCUUCCUCACUGUUUGUGUGCAAAUAACAUUAAAUUUCACUAAGAUAGCAGUCGGGUAAACUCCGAAGAAGCAGUGCUAGCUAACCGCUUUGUAGUAAUUGAUUGAAAUGUCACCACUCAACUAUUUCUGUUGUUUGACUCUUUACCUCGACUGCACUUUUCUCGGAACACACAUGAAUAUUACAUUUGGAGAUUCGUAUAAAAGUUAGACGGCUACCAAGUGUGACAUCUUUGCCUUUGAUGAAAACAAGUGCAAGUUAUGCAAACACUAACGUAGUGAUUUAUCUAACUUGACUCAUCUGCGCCACACGGAGGUCCGAUCAGAAAUCAUGGUCUCUGAUGUCUAUGCACAUCAUCCUGUACAAAGAGAAAGAUUUAUUUUGAUUUAUUUUGAUUUAUUUAGGGGUUGUAUUUGCAGCAGGUUGUCGUACAGCGACCUGCAUCGAUGAUUGUCACUACGUUUGUUCUGACCGUUAAAACAAAUUCUGGUCUUCAACCUUAAUCUACAAAGUUCUGAUUGGCUCAGCUGGUUUUUGGUCAAUUGAUCACAUCAAUUGUAUCCAGAGGACCUGUAUAUGAUUACUGUUGUGCACGUGCUAGAACGAUAAUUGAUCCUUUUACUGCAACUGAGAGGAAAUUGAGGUGUGACAGAACAUCAUCCCCUGGGGUCCAGUGUUAGCUCGUUAGCUAGCUAGCUCCAAUAAACCUUCAAUCAGCAUUUUCCUGUUUGUGACAAAAAACUGCAGCCUUUUCCACUGAAGUCACAUAUAUAGACAAGAACACACACAUACACACAUAUCAUACAUGUAUAUCUCUUACACCAACAGACUGCAUUUCUAUAACUGUAUGUAUGUGGCUCCGUGGCCAUUAAGCGCUUCUAUUGGCUGUGUACAGUUUUUUCAGAGCGGGUAUCGAAAGCAGGAAAAAAUCAUCCGGAGAGAGUUUGGAUGCGACGCCAAGACUCCAAAGAUUGAUUUACCGUUAGCCAUUAGCCAUUAGCGUGUGUGUGUGUGUGUGGACGUAACGUGGCAUGUUGUCUCCCACACUAAUUGAAAAUGGACUCUUCGAUCAGACGUGUGUGGACACAACACAUUCUGUCUUUAUUUCUGCAGAUUAAUUUGUUUCAUUUUGAACCAGACGAGCGUCUGUCUUCCAUGUUUGUCCACAACAGACUCUGAGUCUCAGACUGUGAGGAUUCAACGUAGUCGUACUUUUUGUUCCUCCGCUGUCGGAAAACUAAACUCUUCUCUGCGAUGAUUUUUGUCUUCCUGAAACAAUUUUCAAAAACCAAAACCUGUUCAGUGCCCUGCUCUGGAUGAUGAUAAAUGAAAUGUUUGUUUGUUGUGGCUUCUUCCUGCUUCUGUCGGCAGUAGCAGCUGCAACUUGAUAUUAACUGUUGUUUCUGACGAUGAUUUAUUUGAUGCUCCGCCCACUCGUCGUAUGAGACAGUAUUUGAUUUGAUCAGUGUUUUUUCCCUAGUGGGGGGUGGGAGAGGUCAGGGAAGGGACCAUGGAGAUAGACCACACCCACACGGCCUCUGCCACAGCUAGUAGGAAACUUAAAUAACUUUAUCAUGAAUAUUAUUGUUAUUAUUAUUAUUACCAUUAAUGACAAAUAAAAUGCAGUAAAACAUUUGCAAAAACCCAGAGGGAGAACGAACGGCUUCACGCAAAGUGAUCAAACAUAAAAAAGGAGGUUAUGACGAUUCUAUAAUAGCAAUGAAUUAAAGAAGUACAAACUGAGUUAUGUUAUCAUAAAUAAUAGUAGUAAUAUUGAAUGCUCGCAAUUUUGUCAAACUGAAACUGGAUUCUUUGUGUUAUGUAAUUAUUGUAAAUAACUUCAAAGAGAGAAAAAAUGACUUGCAUGUCUAUGUAUAAAUCUCAUGAGAUAUCUAUUCCCGUCAAAGUUGACACGUAGUUCGAUCUCUGUCCUUUUUAGACACUUUCGCUUCUCCUGUCAAAUAUCGCCCGUCCAAGACUCCGCCCUCCAACCUUCUCUUCUUUCUUUGUGGCAGAGGGACAGAAACAGAGAGAGGGAGACACGUGGCUCCAGCGUCCUCGUCCGUCACGCUCCGUUCAGACUCGUGUUUACCGCCCUGCUGAAACCUCGGAUCCAGCAGCUGUUUACUCAACCACAUCUUUUUAUUCAUUUCUGUCUCAAAUUCAAAUCCACGACAGAAGUGCACGGAUCUGGAGUUUCAGCAGGUUCUGUUCCUCUGGGGCGUAAACACGGCGUCGACCACACAUCAUCCAUCACUCCAGUUCCAGAGGCUCCGCCCACUGGCUCCUCUGAUGAAAGUGCUUCCCUCCAUAUUAGGAAAAUGAAUCCCGCCUCCAGGGCUUUCCAGGCCACACCCCCUGAUCACUUCAGAAGCCCUGUUAGCGGUUUGAACUCUCUCUCUCCCUCUGUUUAUCACUGUCUCUCGACCACAGCUCAUUAGCCAACCGAAACCUCGGACUCUUCACCUGCCACUUGUACCCAGAGCUCAGCCAGAUCCCGAGAUGCGCCCCACCAGGACGUUAGCACCAGGACGUUAGCACCAGGACGUUAGCACCAGGACGUUAGCACCAGGACGUUAGCAUCAGGACGUUAGCACCAGGACGUUAGCAUCAGGACAUUAGCACCAGGACGUUAGCACCAGGACGUUAGCACCAUCGUAUUCCAACAUACCGGUUCCUGCAGGAGUUCUUCGCUUUAGUUUCUCAAAGCAUUGAAGCACAAGACUUCGCUCGGAGGUCAAACAGAAAAUCAAAUCUCAGGCUACAUCCAUACGACUUCCUUUUCAUUCAAAAAACUAAUUGUCUGACGUCAGAAAACAGAGAAGUUUAUAAACCGCUAAUCCCGAUCUAGUUUGAAAACUCCAGAGCUGCGUUCUAUUCUGGAUGAACAAAAGCUGAGGUGUCUGGAAACGUAGACACUCACAGCCUCUUGCUGAUUGGUUCUUUUCAGUCAAGACAAAGACUGAUUUGUCUCCUGUCACAUGACCUCUUUCCAAAAGAAAACACCUAUCCUCAGCUACCAGAGUAGAAACAACACGGAGAAUAAAGACUUGCUGACCCGUUAUUCUUUGCCAACAACUGCUGUUCAGUUCGUUUCGGCAACUAACAACCAAAAGCUUCGUGUGUGAGGGUGCGUUAGCGUGAACAGACUCAAAUCCACGAGACAGAGAUCGGCUUGAUGUCAUGUGGACGUAGCCUUGAUCCUUUGCCACAAACCAGUUGAACGUUGUCAUGUUUCGGCUGAUGGAAGUAGCUCAGGUUUGUGCGGAGGAGCUUUACCGAGGGAUUUGGUUCGAGUGCAGCUUCGAUGGGUUUGAGGAAAACGUUCCUCUCCGAGUCGCCACCUAGUGUCGGGCCCGGCCGCUCGCCUCCCACAGGCCUACCACAACAAUGAGUGCAAUAUACAGAGAAUCAAGGGCUUUUCUAUUCAUGCAGAGGCGUUCAGGCCCGGCCAAUGAGCUGCGAGCUCCUGCAGGAACUGACGUCAUCACACAAACCCUCGAACGAGACCUCGUAGAGAUCUGAGCUGUCUCUGGGGACACGGCCGCAAAGAGACGUGAGGACAGAGACGAAGGAGGACAGGGCCAUCGCCAUUUAGACGCAACUUUGACCGGAAAUGCAACUUGUGUCCUGUUUUUUUUG